AUGAAAUCCAUCCUUUCGGUCUGCGCCGCGGCGCUCCUCCUCAACCCCACGCUGGCCGUCACCAUCGCCCAGCUCAACGGCAACAAGUACCUCUCCCCCUACGAUGGACAAACCGUCUCCAGAAUCCACGGCCUGGUCACAGCCAUAGGCUCCACAGGCUUCUACCUGCGCUCCACCACCCCCGACACCGACGCCGCCACCUCUGGGUCCAUCUACGUGUACAGCAGCACCGCCGCGGCGAAGGUCUCCGUCGGCGACAUCGUCUCGCUCAGCGGCAAGGUGACUGAGUACCGCUCCUCAAGCGCGUACGUGUAUCUGACGGAACUCUCAUCGCCGUCGGCGCUCAGGGUGACGUCGAGCGGGAACCCCGUCACGCCGGUGGUUGUCGGGAAGGGCGGCCUGAUGCCGCCCACGGAGCAGUUCUCAAGCCUGGACGGCGGGGAUGUGCUCGGGUUGCCGAAUGACGCGAGCCAGAUCUCGAACGUGAACCCUGUUCUGCAGCCGUCUAGCUUCGGGAUGGACUUUUGGGAGAGUCUGAGUGGGGAGUUGGUGACGGUGACGGGGCUGCGGGCCGUUGGGAAGCCGAAUUCGUAUGGCGAUACGGGGGUCGUUGGGGAUUGGAAGACGACGGGCGGGAAUGAGAGAGGAGGGUUGACUAUGCGGGCUAAAGAUUCCAACCCCGAGGCGAUCGUUAUUGGAUCUCCGCUGGACGGGAGCACGAAUCCCACGGAUACGAAGCUGGGUGAUACCCUGGAGGAUAUCACGGGCGUGGUCACGCAGGGGUUCGGCUCUUAUAGGAUCCUGCCUCUGACUGCGUUGUCGGUGACCGGGUCGAACUCGACAAGCGCCGCGGCGACGAACCUCGUGUCGGAUGGAACCUGCAGCGCGGUGACCUUUGGCUCAUACAACAUCGACAACUUUUCCUCGACCUCGGCGACGCUGCCCAAGGUCGCCCAGCACAUUGCGCAGUACCUUAAGAGCCCGACGAUCGUCUUCCUGCAGGAGAUUCAGGACGACGAUGGACCGACUGAUGACGGAGUCGUCUCUGCCAACCAGACCCUCGCCAGCCUGGCGCAAUCCAUCGCUGACCAGGGCGGCAUCAACUACAACUUCGUCGACAUCAACCCCAUCGACGACCAAGACGGCGGCCAGCCCGGCGGCAACAUCCGCGUCGCAUACCUCUACGACCCCUCCGUGGUCCGGCUGCACAACCCCAACCCAGGCUCCAGCACAGACGCCAACGAGGUCCUGCCCGGCGCCGAACUCAAGUACAACCCGGGGCGGAUCGCGCCGGCCGACGCCGCCUGGGAUCACUGCCGCAAACCGCUCGCUGCGGCCUGGGAGACGCUGGACGGCAAGAACAAGUUCUUCACGAUCAACGUGCACUUCACCAGCAAGUUAGGCGGGUCCCCGAUCGAGGGCGAUGCGCGGCCCCCCGUCAACGGCGACGUGAGUACCCGCGCCGCACAGGCGGAAGUCGUUGCUGCAUUCACCUCGUCCAUCCUGGCACAAGACUCCAAGGCGAAGAUCCUCACGGCCGGCGACUUCAACGAGUUUGCUUUCGCGCAGCCGCUGGAGUCGUUUGUCGCGGACUCCGGGCUCCAGGAUCUGGACGUCGUGGCGGGCGUGGCCUCCACGGAGCGAUACACGUAUCUCUACGAUUUGAACUGCCAGCAGCUCGACCAUAUGUUUAUCAGUCCGGCGUUGGCGGCGGGGGCCAAGAUGCACCAUCUGCAUCUGAAUACGUGGGUGUCGUCCAGCGACCAGGCUUCGGACCAUGAUCCUACCGUGGCGUUGUUGAAUGUUUGCGAGUGA